AGUAUAAAUGUCGGCGGCGGCGCCGUGGCACGCGCACCUGCGCAGGUCGCCGUCAAGUCGCGGCUCUCCUCUCCGCUCUCCUGCGAAACUCCAUCAUCGUCCCGCCAGCAUCAUCAUCAUCAUGUCCUUCUCCAGCGCGAGCGCCACGGGGGGUCCUUCGCACAGGGCGCCCCUGUAUAGCGCGAGGAGCCUGUUUGGGACCCCCGGCAGGACCCCGUCCCGCGCGAGCCUGCGCCCCCCGGGCGACGACAAGCAGACCCUGAAGGGUCUCAACGAGCGCCUGGCCGGGUACCUGAGCCAGGUGCGACAGCUCGAGGAGUCCAACAUCAGCCUGGAGGAACGGAUCCAAGAAAUCCUGCUGAAGAGGAAGUCCGUGAGCGAGCGCGACUGGGACGCGCACGAGCGGCCGCUGGAUGAGCUCAGGGCGCAGGUCCGGAAUCUGACCAUGGAGAACGCGCGCCUCAUUCUGCAGAUUGACAACUCCUCUCUGGCUGCCGAAGACUUUGCAAUCAAGCGCGAUUCCGAACGGGCCCUGCGUCAGGCGGUGGAGCAAGAUAUGGCCAGCCUGACCAAGGCCACUGAGGAAACCCAGCUGAGAUGUGAGCAGCUGCAGAGCGAAAUCAACUCUGUGAAGGAGGAGCUGGAAGAGCUCGAGAAGAACCAUAAGGAGGAGGUGACUACACUUCGCUCCCAGAUCUCUGAUACCAACAUCAGAGUGGAGAUGGAGUCCCCCAAAGACCACGACCUCAGUGACACCAUCAACAAGAUCCGCACCCAGUACGAGAAGGCUGCUGAGAAGAACCGCAAGGACACAGCACUCUGGUACCAGAACAAGUUUGACAACAUCACCGCUGAGGAGAAGCAGAACACUGAGGCGCUGCAGACGGACAAUCGUGAGCUCAGCGAACUGCGUCGGCAGAAGAUGAAGUUGGAGAUUGAGCUGCAGGCUCUGCAGAACAUGAUCAAGGCUUUGGAAAAGACUUUGAAUGAUACGGAGAACCGUAAUGCCCAGGAGCUCCACCGGCUCAACCUAAUCAUCCAGCAGCUGGAGGCGGAACUGGGGGAAUUGAGGACUCAACUGGAACGACAGGCCGCCAUGUACCAGGCACUGCUCAAUACCAAGAUGAAGCUGGAGAAUGAGAUUGGUGUGUACCGUGGUCACCUCGAGAACCUUUGCGAAGACGAAAGUGCUAAUAUGGCAGGAAACUGAUGGGGUGACCAGCAGUAGUUAGGAGCGGUGGUGUGGCAGAACUUGCUGCAGGCAAUCCCCCAAACAGCUACCAGAGUCAAAGGAGGAGGAGAACUUCGAGAAUGCCGCAGUGCCCAGCCAGACCCGUAUCUUAACCCUGCAAACAUCAUGGCUCAUUAGCCCCGCCCACCAGAGUUCCUCAGCUGUAAUGGCUCCUUACCUGCUCCUGCUGCCUAGCACCUGGCCCUCACCUGUCGCCCAAACUGCCUACCUACCAUGUUAACUGUGUUUAGCCUGUUGUUACUGCUGCCUUCCAGGACACUGGAUUUCCUUACUAAAAUUCCUUACUAAUGCUUCCUAACAUUUGUCAAAAUAAUUCUGCCUUCUGCUCUGCAGUAAAAUUGGAAGAUUUGAACUGUCGGUCGUUGUCUGGUCUUUUACUGUUGACUAAAGCAAAUGCUUAUACAUAAAACUCAGGACUAAGUGUGGUUGCACAACCGGUUUUUGUGUGGUUUCUUCCUGCAAACACACUGGGAAAACUGAACAGCUGUACAAAUUUCACUAUUUAAACUAGCUUUGCUCAGAGCAGUGCACACAAAAUUCUCUGCUGCUGAAACUCCUGGUGUAUUUCCCGUGCCUGUAACUGAACAAUUCAAAAUUUUAUAAAAGUCAAAUUCUGCUGGAUAUGUACAGAGAAAAGAGUGUUCUUACACCACAUUCU